GUAAUAACAGUCUUCUUGUCAGGCUAAGUAAGCUUAGUGAUGCCAUUCUUUCAAUCUCUCCUCUUUUCAGCCUUUUGAGCACGCUUCACUGAAGCAAAUUACACCAUUUAAGUGCCAAGAACUACUCUAUUGGUUUCUUUGUUCCUCUGUUGAAGCUCUGGAUUCGACCAAUUUUCGGAGUAUAUGGACUAGGUUUGGAAUAUGCGGUACUGAAACGGUGGGUUUUCUUGCAGUGGACUGGAGGAAGAAGCUUUUUGGUAUUUUCUUGUCUACAUAAGAGUACUUUUUCUCCGGAUCUGGUUGGUGUGUAGGUCAAGGUUGGUGUUAUGAGAUGGCAACUGAUGUGGAUCGAAGCUGCUACGGUUGGUCACGCGAGGAUUUGGAUGACCAGGACGACUCUAGGGAAAUUUCAAUUUCCCAAAUGCUUGAUCAUGGUUCCAUAUCCUUUGGAAGAUUUGCUCUCGAGCCAUUAUCAUGGGAAAAGAGAUCAGUGUUUACUCAUAACAGGUAUCAAGAGGAGCUCGAGAAAUGUAAGGCCCCAGGUUUGGUUGCACAAAAGAAGGCGUACUUUGAAGAAUACUACAAGAGAAUUCGAACUAUGAAAACUUUGCAGGAAAACCAACACACUGAGCCUGAAUCAAAUUGUGGCCACAAUAAUGGUGUUUCUGAAAAGAUCAGAGAAGAUGAGAGAGCUGUACCAAGCAAGAGUGAUGUGGAGGAAAUGCUAAAGACUGUUGCUCCUGGUGUAGAGAAAGCUACAACUGAAGUAUCCUUGGAUGUUGAUGGUGAAACUGCAUUAGUGAAACUUGAUUCACCUGCAAAUCUCUCAAAAGAAAAUAAAAAUGGUGAAAGCCCUCCAAAUUCGAAGCAUUGGCAAAUCUCGGACAUAAAUUCAUAUCAUCAUGAACCUAUCAGAACAAGUAUUGCGGAUAGUGAGCUGCAUGAAUUUAUAAGAGAUGAGAAGAAACUAGAGCCACGGGGAAUUAUAUCAGGAAGCAUCUCACAACAGAUUGGAGUAGAAAAUCAGAGAGUUAUAGGAAAGAAGAGUCAUGGGGAUGAAUUAGAUUAUGUUAUUGGUUCUGAUAGAGAAAAUGCUUCAAUUGAAGUACCCUUGAGUAUAGAUGUUGAAACUGUGUUACUUGAAACUGAUCCACCCGUUAAUUCUUCUGACGAUGAGAAAAUGGGUGAAAACUCUCAAAAUUCUAAGCAGUUUCAAUUAUUGGAUCAAAAUUCAUGUAAUCAUGAACCUAUCACAGCAAGCAUUGAAGAUUGCAAGCAGCAAGACUUCAUAAGCCAAGCUAAUGAAGUGAUUUCAAAGGAAACGGAAAAUUUUGUUCCAAAUGAUUCUUUUUAUUCUUCAAGUUCACAUAAAGUUUUGAAGGAUAAGCUGAACGCAGAAGAAAAAAAGGAACAUUCCAAUGUCGCUGGAGGUUUUGUUAAUUCAGAACUCAAAUCCAAAUCAGUAAUGGUUACGUUGACACAAGUUUUGAGAGAUUCUUCUCAAAAGAGAAAUGGAAAGAAGAAUGUCUGUAUUGUUUCACAUAAACAAACUGUUGAUAGAAUUUCAAGCAGCAAACAUGCUACAGUUGCUUCACAUGAAUCAAACAAGAAAAUGCAUUCAAAGAUUACAACUCCUCGCCCAUUUUCUUUCGCAACUGGAAAGCAAGCUGUUGUUUCUAUCAGUGCUUCAGCAAGAUAUGAUGCUAAAAACAUAAUGUCUUCAUCACCACUUCCUCAUAAGAAUACCAAUUCAAAGGCUGUUUCAAGUAGACCAGGCAUACCAUACAGCCAGAAGAGGGGGAAACUGGAAAGCAGCGGGCAUGAACCUAGAAGACAACCUCUAGUCACCAGUGGACAAGCAAUCCACCUCAAGGGAGCAAGUGCAAACAAUGUGAUUAGACCACCAAAAGCGAGAUCUGUAAACCUUCCCACGAGCUGUAAAGGUGGUAAAAAUGUUGGAACCAACUCUAAUAGGUACAGAAGGAACAAUGAAGAUGGAAAACAGAAGGCUAAUGAUGAAACAUGUUUGAAGGAAGUUCGAGCACAGGGAAAAUCCACUAUUUUCUCUGUGAUCUCCAGAAACCAGAACCCUGAUAAUAUAAAGAUGGCUCGAUCAAGGAUCAAGGAUCUGUUGUCAGUGAAUACGAAGAAUUCACAGCUCGGUGAUAAUUCACUAGUCGGGAGGAAGCCCAGGCCGGAGAAGCCCCGCUGGCGUUAAACUGGUACGAGCUUCAGCCAUUGCAGUGCUGGAAGUGAUGACUAAUCACAACGGUCGAUUUUGCAUGUAAAUAUCAUUCUAUCAUUUACAGUAUAGUUAUGUUUUCUUAGUUCCCAUUAUCAUAUUAGCAAGAAAAUGUAGUUUUGGUAGAAAUGUAGUUCAGAUAUCUUAAUCGCUUGGUAUCUUUUCAAGCCAUAAACAUGCCAUUUAUGUAACUUCUCUGCCACACAUGUACUAGCAUGAUCGAUAUGAAAUUAUGAAGAAAGAGCAGCAAAAAAUUUUCCACUCUUA